AGAAAGUGUGAAUAAUGCUAAUGUUUGUGUUUGUCCCAACAAAGUAGCCUGGCCAAGGUUAGCUUGUUGCUAAAGAAAACCUACAGUAAAUAGGAUUACGAUGUUAAGACCAGCAUGGAGUUACUCGGCGUCUAAAAACAGCCUUGUGGUGACAAUACGAUCUUUAACUGCAGCUGUUUUGGGAGCGGACAGUCCACCACACCAGGUUUCAGAGGGUCCCAGCAGGCGCUUCAGGCAAACCCCCCUCCCACUACUUAGGAAAGGGUCACUGUUCCUCCAGCCCCAGRCGGCCUGCUACCCCAGCCCAUCUGUCUGUAGGAGCAUGGCAACAGGAGGUGAGCAGUCAUCAUCCAGUCAUCAUAAACACACAAACAGGUUGGCCAAAGAGAGAUCACCUUACCUUUUACAACAUGCUCAUAAUCCUGUUGACUGGUAUCCAUGGGGACAGGAGGCUUUUGAGAAGGCCAAAACUGAAGACAAACCUAUCUUUUUAUCGGUGGGUUAUUCCACAUGUCACUGGUGCCACGUCAUGGAGAGGGAGUCUUUCCAGGAUGAGGAAAUUGGUCAAAUUCUGAGUGACAACUUUGUCUGCAUCAAGCUAGACAGAGAAGAAAGACCUGAUGUAGACAAGGUCUACAUGACUUUUGUACAGGCAACAAGCGGAGGUGGAGGUUGGCCCAUGAGCGUGUGGUUAACUCCUGACCUGCGACCUUUUAUUGGAGGUACUUACUUCCCACCCAGAGACCAAGGAAGGCAACCUGGAUUCAAGACAGUUCUGUUUAGAAUCAUGGAACAGUGGCAGGAUAACCGUGCUGCUUUGGAGUCAAAUGGAGUGAGGAUACUCGAGGCUCUAAAGAAAGUCACAACCAUCAGUGCAAACCCAGGGGAAAGCCCUCCCCUGGCUCCGGAUGUCGCUAAUCGCUGCUUCCAGCAGUUGGCCCAUUCCUAUGAGGAGGAGUACGGAGGCUUUAGGAAUGCUCCAAAGUUCCCCUCCCCAGUGAACCUCAUGUUCCUCAUGUCCUUCUGGUCUGUGAAUCGCUCCACCUCAGAAGGGGUGGAUGCACUUCAGAUGGCCAUGCACACCCUGAGAAUGAUGGCACUGGGAGGCAUCCAUGACCACGUGGCACAGGGCUUUCAUCGGUAUUCCACUGAUUCCUCAUGGCAUGUUCCUCACUUUGAGAAGAUGUUGUAUGACCAAGCUCAGCUGGCUGUGGCUUACAUAACUGCUUUCCAGGUAUCAGGUGAGCAGUUCUAUGCAGAUGUGGCCAAGGACAUACUGCUCUACGUCUCCAGGGACCUGAGCGAUAAGUCUGGUGGCUUCUACAGUGCAGAGGAUGCAGACUCUGUCCCAGCAUCAGGGGGACAAGAAAAGCGAGAAGGGGCCUUCUGUGUCUGGAUGGCCUCAGAAAUUCGUGAACUUUUGCCGGACAUGGUAGAGGGCGCCACUGAUUCUGCCACACAGGCAGACAUCUUUAUGCAUCAUUAUGGUGUGAAAGAGCAAGGCAAUGUUGAACCAGAACAGGACCCACAUGGGGAGUUGCGGGGCCAGAAUGUGCUGAUCGUUCGGUAUUCGGUCGAGUUAACAGCUGCUCGCUUUGGCAUUACGGUUGAAAAAGUCAGCAAAUGCCUGGCUUCAGCCAGAGCCAAGAUGGCAGAAGUAAGGAAGACUCGACCAUGCCCACACCUGGACUCCAAGAUGCUGACCUCCUGGAAUGGCCUGAUGCUGUCAGCCUUUGCAUGUGUCGGAGCUGUACUGGGGGACAAGGCCUUGCUGGAGAGAGCGGUGCAGGCUGGCAACUUCCUGAAAGAGUACCUGUGGGACGCUGAGAAGCAGACCUUACUCCGAUCUUGUUACCGCGGAGACCAGAUGGAAGUUCAACAGAU